UCUCCGGGAACGCACCCAUUGGCUGAAUCGUCCAGCUUCUGCGCAGAGUGAUCUCCGGGAACGCACCCAGUGCAUUUGCUUGCUUGUUUACACCACAAAUUCAUAAACUGCUGUGGGAUCUUUUUUUUUUGGGUGUUCAAAAAAAGUUUAAAUAAUUAUGAAGCUGGAAGCGUACUGACCCAGGCUCUGUAUUGUGACCUCAUCAUCAUCGCCGCGGCAACAGGAAGACAAUGGAUUCCUGCUCCUCCAAUAGCAGCGGCCGGCAGCCCAGCUCUGUGUCUUCAGGCCAGUCCCGCGAGUACAAGCUAGUGAUGCUGGGGGAGGGAGGGGUGGGCAAGAGUGCGAUAAUCAUGCAGUUCAUCAGCCACAGGUUUCCAGAGGAUCACGACCCCACCAUCGAGGAUGCUUAUAAAACUCAGAUCAGAAUCGACAAUGAGCCAGCCAACCUGGACAUACUGGACACUGCUGGACAGGCUGAGUUCACUGCGAUGAGGGAUCAGUAUAUGCGCGCCGGCGAGGGCUUCAUCAUCUCCUACUCCAUCACAGACCGGCGCAGCUUCCACGAGGCACGCGAGUUCAAGCAGCUCAUCCACCGCGUGCGCAGGACCGCCGACACGCCCGCUGUGCUGGUGGGGAACAAGUCCGACCUGCAACACCUGAGACAGGUGUCGCGGGAGGAGGGGCAGGGGCUGGCGCGGGAGUUCCAGUGCCCAUUCUUCGAGACCUCGGCCGCGUUCCGCUUGUUCAUCGACGACGUGUUCGUGGCGCUGGUGCGGCAGAUCCGACAGCACGAGAAAGAGGCUGUGAUCGCCAUGGAGAGGAAGAGCCGGCACCACACCUCGGUCUGGAAGAGACUCAAAUCACCGUUCAGGAGGAAAAAGGACUGAGCCGGGAGCACACACUGUACACACGCACUCUCACACGCACGCACUGUCUCUCACAUGCUGUACACACGCACUGUGUCUCACACGCUGUACACAAGCACUGUCUCUCUCCCACACUGUACACAUGCACUGUGUCUCCCACACUGUACACACGCACUGUGUCUCACACACGCACUGUCUCUCACACACGCACUGUCUCACACACACACACACAGAGUGCCUCUCUUUUUAAAUUGGUUCAGAUCACUGUGCUGGAAGUAAAAAGCCCUAAAGCUGAGCAGAUCACACUGACACACACACACACAACACUCUAUUUUAAUAAUCUAAACCGCGGCAGUUCUGAGUACGUCUGCUCUCUAACUCUAUAUUAAUCCAGCCUCCGUCCCCCAUGUGUUUGUGGGGUUCUCCGGUCGCUUGGUUGGACCACACAGCACAGCCCGGGUCCACGUGCAAUGCAGGUUACAUGCAGGCACACUGAAACGCUUACAGAAACACACGCCUACUCUCCCUCUCCGAAACCACCUUCCUGACACCAUGGGAUCGGAGCUCAGUGCUUUAACCCUUCGUGCGCAGAGCAGCUUGGAAGAUGGUUUGGUCUAGUUGGAAGCCUCUUUCAGUAUUUCUCAAUCCAGCACUACUGACUGUUUUAAUGGUUAUGGAUGAUACAGCAUCGCCCGAUCCACUCGAUACAUGAAGAAAAACAGCAGAUACCUACACUGUUGGACUUGUAGUGGGAUUUAGGUUUGUUUUAGCAUUUCUUAAUUUGGCUCAUAAUGUGGUUACACUAGCACUUAUAUUCUUGUUAUAAGGCUGCAUGCAUGGCCUCUUAUUGGUGGGUCCCGACUGCAGCGUUAUAAAUGAUUAAUUUUCUGAAUUUUAUGUUCGGAGGACUAGAUUUAUUUUUUUGCUUUGCAAGAGCACAAGGUAAGGGUAAAAAAAAAAAGAAUGGAUUUGUGUUCUGAGGUGCUGUUUAGACAGAGACGCGCUGUCGAUGAUUAUUGAUUCCCUCUCUGUGUCUCACACCCACGUUAUUGAUUAUUAGGUUGCAGUUUUCUUGCUCUGGUUGUGUAGCUCUGCUGUGGGACUGCGGGCUGUUAAACCUGGUUGACUGUGCUGCACUGACCCUGCUGUGCGCUGCCAGACAGUGCCUUGUGCUUUCUUAGAUACAGCGAGACUCCCAGAGUGAGUUACUCGACACCGCAGCCAGCACAGCCACCAAACCACAAAGAAUCAUCUCGCAAUUGUAUUGUAGUAUGAAGUUCAUUUAUUUUAAUUUAGGAUUAUAAGAAGUGGUUUAUCUUUUAUGGGGUGCGCUAAUGACAGUUUGGAGUGAACAGCUCUGAGAUCCGUAGGCUCUUCCUGCUGUCCUGAGCAGAAUGUCAACCAAGCCUUUAAAACCCCAUUCUCCUGCUCCCUCAGCCAACCCCCCCCCCCCCCCACACACACACGCAGUCUAUUCUCUCCUUCUGACUCCUCCCUCCUCCACCUUUACAUCAUCUUAACCCUCUUCAUGGUCAUCCACCUGCCUUUGAUCAUGACAACUUCACUUAAAGGGGUAGCUUUGUAGGACGGCCGUCCAUUUCCCUUCCCUGUGUCUUGAGCCCCCUUCCCUUACCCAGGUGGUCUCCUCCUCGGUCCACUUCCUUUUUGUCCCGCAGACAGAACAGCGACUCCUCCUCAGGCCAGGAAUCCUUCUGCUCGGACGCUGGGUCACACAACUUGACCCUUUUCCUGGAUACACUGACCUAACUGUCCGUGUCCUCCAAACCCGACAGGACACUGUCCACUUGCGCCUCCCGUUCCUGGUGGGGAGCUCUGGCUGAGACGCCACUGAGUGAGAUCAGACUCCGAGGGAAGGAGCUCCAAUGCAGCUUCUGCAGAAUCAAUGAUGAGCUGAACGCAGAGUCUCUCUGUCGCUUUCCAUCUCCCCCUCCCAGGCUGAUAUAGACCGAUGCACACUCAGUACGAUGCUUUUCCAAGCCUUUAAAACCCCAUUCUCCUGCUUCUUAAACUACACAGCAGAGCUGGUAAAAUACUCGCAGGAAAUCCUCUCGGAUGUGCAUCACCGUCAUUUCAUAGGUCUUGAAUUUUCCUGUCUUUGGUUUGAUUUAUUUAUUUAUUUUUUUUAAUGCCAUUACCUUUGGGUAAUAUGACCCUGCCAGGUGGAGAACAUGUGGCAUUGCAUUUGAAUCAUAGCCUAUUACUGCAAUACAGUAUUUUUUUUUUAUAUAUCAGUAAAUGUAAUUCCUUUAGUAGCAUUUUAAAUACACAGUUUACAUAGAAUGUAAGAAACUGUAAUACCUACAAAUGAAUUGCAACUCCUAUUAGGUAAGAUUGACUUGUUAGUUUUAUUAAAAGUAAGCAAGCUUUUCAUAGAUCUCUCGUUUCACUGUGAUGACAUACUUCAGCUGCUUGUUUUAUUUGGGGUAGGUUUGGUUUAUAUGCACCAUUCAGCCCUCAGUCUCUGGUGUUUGCAGUGCGACUGCAGUGUGAGCUGUUUUAAAGAUAAAGGGGUUGUUUGUAUGAACACUUUCCCAGUUGUAUUUGAUUAGUUGGUCCCAAUUAGUUUGGAUGAUUAGAGGUUCUGCUGUAUUACCCCUCAGCAUUGUGACUGGAGAAAUAAGGCAGUGUGGUUCUGGUCACCUAGUUACAAAAAGAAUAUUGCUGCUCUAGAAAGAGUGCAAAGAAGAGCAACCAGAAUUAUCCCGGGUUUAAAAGGCAUGUUGUAUGCAGACAGGCUAAAAGAAUUGAAUCUAUUCAGUCUUGAACAAAGAAGACUACGCGGCGAUCUGAUUCAAACAUUCAAAAUCCUAAAAGGUAUAGACAAUGUCGACCCAGGGGACUUCUUUUGAUCUGAAAAAAGAAACAAGGACCAGGGAUCACAAAUGGAGAUUAGGUAAAAGGGCAUUCAGAACAGAAAAUAGGAGGCACUUUUUUACACAGAGAUUUGUGAGGGUCUGGAACCAACUCCCCAGUAAUGUUGUUGAAGCUGACAACCUGGGAUCCUUCAAGAAGCUGCUUGAUGAGAUUCUGGGAUCAAUAAGCUACUAACAACCAAACGAGCAAGAUGGGCUGAAUGACCUCCUCUCGUUUGUAAACUUAUGUUCUUCAUGUGUUCUUAAAGAAAUGGGCUUGUAACCAGGAGGUCCCCGGUUCAAAUCCCACCUCAGCCACUGACUCGUGUGACCCUGAGCAAGUCACUUAACCUCCUUGUGUUCCGUCUUUUGGGUGAGACGUUGUUGUAAGUGACUCUGCAGCUGAUGCAUAGUUCACACACCCUAGUCUGUUAUCUUGUAAAGGGCUUUGUGAUGGUGCUCCAGUAUGAAAGGCGCUAUAUAAAAAUAAAGAUUAUUAUUAUAUCCCCCCCUCCCCCCCCCCCCCCAAAAAAAAGUACUCAAAACAAAGUAAUCUCUCCUCCUCUCAUCGCUACAAUUUAGUACCAAUCUAUGGCAAUUCACUUCUGCAUUGUUUUAAAAGCCGACUGGAAGCUCAGUUUCCUCUCAUCCGGGUUGUAAAGGUGGGGAAAGGACAGUGUUUCUUGUUUUGCGUUAUCAGCACACCCUAUAGCAUUAAAGUGAGAGAGGGGAGGGGGGAGAGAGACUGUUUGGUAUUCAUUUUGUCCGCCCGAUUUGUGCUGAGACUGGAACCUUGGAUUUGCACUUUCUUUUCUGAACUCGUCUCUCCGUUUUGAAGAAGCCGUGUUGAAUGUCGGAGACCUACGAAGGAUGCACGGUGUGAGAUUCCCAGCAUCGUGUUUCCUAAUGACUGUGCGCACCUACAUGUGGAAUUGUAUUUAUUGUAUUUUUGUUUUAGUUUUUGUUUCUGUUUAGUAAAUGUUACAAAAACUCAUGAGAAUGACUUCCUUCAAAUAUUGAAAUAAAUGCCUUCUGUGAUUUCCUUUUGUAAGUAUGAAGAUUCUAACAAUAAAGUGCCAGGUCCUUACAAUAAACCAGAA